AUGGACGCGUUGAAAGCGCAGAUUGCAGCGCAGAAGCGCAAGGCUGCAGCGCAGGAAGAUGGGGCACCGAAAUACAUGCGUCGCGGCGAAAUCCGCGAGCACGCAUCUGAGCCGCAGCGGGACGCACCGGAGGACGAAGAAACUGCGCCGCGCACCCCGCAAACCAGCCAAAAAGACGACACACCUGUGCCUGAAAAUGGGCUAAAAAGGCACGCUGGGUUUGCUGUUUCGAUCCAGGAAGCUGUACGCAGGCUGCGCCAAAAAAAUGAGCCGAUCCGGCUUUUUGCAGAAAGCGACGAGGACCGCCGCCUGCGUUUGCGUGCAUUUGAAUUGAACGAGGGGCACAAGGUAACUGAGCAUGGUGGGAAUGACUUAGUCGUCGCACUGCGCGACACAGAUAGUGUGCUUGCACUCGAGAAUAUUGGGGAGCGCGACAAGUGCAAAAAAGAGGGCGCACAAGAGGACUCGGGACGUGUGCCUGCCAAGAAGCGCGAAGGGGUCGGCAUGCACACCGUGCUGGACUUGGAGAUGGUGCGCAAAGAGCCCAACAAAGCUCAUCCAAUCCUAUACUAUACGCUCAAAGGCCUGCUUGGAGAAUGGGAGGAAGAGCUUGAAAGACGCCCUGAAAACGAGCGGCACAGCGCACAGGGGCGUCUUGUGAGUGCAACGCACGCACAAACUACACAGUAUUUGAAACCAUUAUUCAAGACACUACGUCACCGCGAUAUUGCACCCGACGUACUGAUGCGCAUUGCAGAGAUUGUGCAUUAUAUGCAAUUGCGCGAAUACCAAAAAGCGAACGACUCGUACUUGCAACUGUCGAUUGGAAAUGCAGCAUGGCCGAUCGGUGUCACAGCGGUGGGCAUCCACGAGCGGUCGGGGCAGGAGAAGCUGUAUACAUCCAACGUCGCACACGUUUUGAACGAUGAAGUGAGCCGCAAGUAUAUUCAGAGCCUCAAGCGACUCAUGACCUUUGCGCAGGCCCAUUAUCCACCCGACGAUUUAAGGUCGGAUUCCGAAGACUUGUUUGUGCUUAUUGGCGACAUGCUGUCACAACUUAUGGCACACAACGACAACAUUCCUUUGCACCCGUCUGACUUGACGCGGUUCCACUCCCGUGCAACGCCGGGAAUCAGACACUAUGCGCGCGUCGGUGGUAUCUCCCUUACAGAACUUAACUUGCUCGAGAAAGAGUUUCUUAACGUCAUUGACUGGCGCUUGGUGCCAAUGCCGGAUGCAUUCACGGCGAGCAGCAAAAUUCUUACACUGUCCUGA